AUGGAUGAAGAUGCAUUUGAGGCAUUGUUUGAUAUGUUAGAAGAAGACCUUAAAAAUGAUGAUUUGUCUGUGGGUGAUGUUGAUGAUGAUUUAAGUGAAGAAGACCUUGAAAAGCUCCAACACGAGUUAGAGGAGGCGCUAGGAGUUGGUGGAGGUGAUGAUGAUGAGGUAGAAAUGGUUAAUUCGGUUGGAGAUGAUGUUGAGCAUGAUGAUGGUGAAGAUGAAGAGGAAGAUGAGGAGGAGGAAAGACCAGUGACACUUAAGAAUUGGCAGCUUCGGAGACUUGCACGAGUUUUAAAAACUGGUCGCCGCAAAGCAAGCAUUAAAAGUCUUUCUGCAGAGCUUUGUCUUGAUAGGGCUGUUGUUCUUGACUUGCUUCGUGACCCUCCUCCAAAUCUUGUCAUGAUGAGUGCUGCUUUACCUGAUGAACCUGCACCAACACUGGUUAUGCCGGAAACUAAACCAAGUGAAAUUCUUCUUGAAGAAAUGAAAAAUGAGAAUGUCGUAAAAUCUGAGAGUGAGGUGAAAGUGCCAGUUCAUGUUAUGCAGGACAAUUGGUUAGCUCGAAAGAGACUGAAGAAAAUCCAUGUUGACACUCUUGAAAGAGUCUAUAGAAGAACUAAGAGACCCACUAACACAAUGAUUAGCAGCAUUGUACAUGUGACCAACCUGCCCCGUAAGAGAGUGGUGAAAUGGUUUGAAGACAAACGUGCUGAACAUGGUGUUCCUGAACAACGGAACCCAUUUCAAAGGUCAACAGCUUUUAGGAGACAGGGUUCAUCAGGAACGGUAUGGGAAGAUAAAUCUCUCAUAAAAGAGGACAGGGUAGACUACAAGGAACUAAGGCCAUGCCAGAGCACUAGAGUCAUCAGCACGACGGAUUCCGGCAACUCGAAGGCAGCACCCACUGCUUUCCCUCGCAGUUAUUCAACUGCCCCUGUGAAGCAAUCUUCUAAAGCUUUUGGAAAGCCUCUAGCCAUCCCUAAAUCCAAAUCAACAAGAAGAAACCUGUUUUCAAAUUUACUUUUCAGCAACAAGUGA